CCUCAAGGCUACUACGCACCAGGUCCGCAAAUGGGCUAUGCGCAACAAGGACCCUACGCACAUGCACAGCAAGGCGGAUACUAUAAUGGGCCACAGCAAGGCUACGGUCCACAGCCGGGAUACGGGCCCCCGCAAGGAGCGGGGUAUUAUUAUGGACAGCCGCAGGGACAGUAUGUAGAUCAGCGGCGGAACGGGGGUGCGAGUGAUGGGUUUAUGGGGGCGCUGUUGGGGAGUCUGGCGUGUUGUUGUUGUUUGGAUGCUUGUUUGUUGUUUUAG